AUGCUUGUCCUUCAAGACCCAGAGAUUUUCUCGUACAAGACACUGGAAAUAAGUUGGUCUAGGCCUGGAUUGACAGCGGCUUCAUUCAUCCAACAGGUUACAUUGAUCAAUGGCCCGCUCAGAAAGACGCGGCUCCCAUCGUGCUUUGUCUGCAUGGAUUCGGCUUUCAGUUGGAGGUAUCAAAUAGUCGACCUAGUGGAAAGGGGAUACCGCGUGAUAGCACCGGACUUACUUGGGUUCGGUGGCACGUCAAAACCGACGGGUUUAGAAGCAUAUGCUAAGGCCAGUAUGUGCAAGUCUAUUGUUGAGAUUCUGGACCAUGAGGGUGUCGUCGGUAAAAUAACUAUCGUCAGUCAUGAUUGGGGUUCGAUCUUGGCCGCCCGUUUCUUGUCAUACCAUCCUGACAAGGUAAAAUUUUGGGCCACGCUUUGUGUUCCGCCUACUGCGCCAGCUCAAUUGGGCCAGGGAGUAGAUUACGUUGAGUGGAUUAGGAAACACAUACCCAAGUUUGGCUAUCAAAUCUACUUCAUGUCUGAAGAAUCCAAUGAAGAGAUGGAUCGAUAUUGCCAGACCGUGAUGCUUUUACUGUAUUUUCACUUUGAAAGGGGACUAGAGACAUCCAUCGAAGAGAGACUUUUGAAAUACAAGGAUGAGUCGAUUGUCUUUGAGGAUGUUCUUCAGAAACAGUUGAAAGAGGUGGGGGACGAACUGGAAUCGGUGACGAUUGAGGAUCCUGCUCGAACAUUAGAUGAAAGAGAUGAAGAAGCUGCUCUGCUACCCGUAGCUUUCAGUAGCGACAUUCGCUGUCUGUUUAUGGGUGCUCCAAAUGACCCCCCAUUACCACCAGGAAUGUUCACGGAAGAUUCAAAGAGGAAGAUGUUCCCUUCAGGUAAUGUGGAAUGCAUAAAUAUUGAAGGGGGUAAUCACUUUUUUAUGGAGGCCCCGAGUCAUCGGAGUCAGGUCACAAAAGUCUUGGGUGACUGGAUCGACACUCAGGAAAAACUACUGGCAGCUACGGCGAGCACGCCCAGUCUCGAAAAUUAAAUUGCAACCUACAAGAGCUUAUGCUAUCUGUAUAUGAAGUGUACAUAUUGGGUUACUGAUAGAAAUGAAAAUUGGAAUGUAUACUUUCUUCUGGCCGCUCUAGUAUCAACAAUAAUCUCAAGUGAGAUAAGCAAUCCUGUGAGCAGUACUGGUUGAAUCGAGAAAAUGUUUGUGGAUUAAAACCGAGAUAAGAGUGAAUCUUAUGCUAGAUUUUGGCAAGCUGGAAUGACAGUUGAUCGCAGAAAGAAACAA